CAUGGAAUACUUUUAACCAAUUAAUUCACACAAAAAGGUUUGAAUUUCCUCUGUGCAUUAAUUAACGUUUGGUUUCUUUUUCAGGGGUUGCACAGUUGUAUUGUAAGCCUCACUUUAAGGUACAAUCAAUGUAUUUUUCCCUCCUUUUUCAGUUAGAAAGGUAAAUCAAUUUUCUUUCUGUUUGAUGUAUGUUCUGUUAAUUUCUCUCUCUCUCUCUCUCUCUCUCUCUCUCUCUCUCUCUUAAACUAUGAGCAGAAAAUGUCAAAGUUUUGGUCAGAAGACAGUGAAUUUACCUCUGUUCAGGGAGGUCUCCAUUUUCUCACUUGUAGUGUUACUAUUUUCUGUGGCAUUUGCGAUUUUCUGGACUGCUACUACAGCAAUCAUAUUCAUGGAUUGGCCAAGAUAUUCUUUAAGUACAAUUACUCUCUGCUGCUACAAGGACAAUAACACAGCCAUGGCAGCUUCAGUUUCAACCAUAGGAGCUGUCAAAGGAACUCUAAUCAAUGGCCGGUGUAUAUCUCGCUGAGAGGCUUAACACUGUUCUGAGGAUGAACUGGAAAAGCUUCUCUAGUCAAAACUAUUUUGAUCCAAAUGUAUUAUUCAUGUCAGUUCUUUGGUCGGGUCCCCUUCUCGUCAUUGCUAUGAUAAUUCUGGCAAGUUUGAAUGGUUUUGGAGCUGUGGCUUCAUCAGUUCCCAGUUCAUCAGCUUGCUUUGCAAGCAGCUUGAAGAAGGUUCGUCAAGAAUCUCCAGCAGCAGCAAGGUUUCCACCGGAAGCUUCAAGAUUGUGGCGAUCAAUGAGGACAAGCAGACAGAUAAGGACAGAUGGAAAGGGUUGGCCUAUGAUAUCUCAAAUGACCAGCAAGAUAUCACAAGAGGGAAGGGUAUUUUGUAGUUUUUAAUGUGUAUUUUGUAGUUUUUAAAGGAAGUAGAUAAUGUAAUAGUUGUUGGAGUUGUAAUACAUGUAUUACAAAUUCAUGGGUAGCUAUUCUCACUUUGAUUUUUUGUUAGAGCUUGUCAUGUGAUCAACCACUAUAUUUAGUGUACAAGUUUA